AUGUACUCUCUCACUUUUGGGAUUGAAAAAGUUGGAAAGACAGAAGCGAAGAACCCUCAAAUUUGUAGGAAUUCUUUGGGAGAGAAACUGCAAAAACAAAAGGAGAUGUUUACCAAGACUCGUUCAAUCCCCCAAAGGUAUGGUCUUGAGUGCGACAACCGGUACAGAGUCCUCGAGGUGUUAGGGGAGGGCACAUACGGGAUAGUCAAAAAGGUGCAGGAUGUUCAGCAGCAAGGCAACAAAGGGAUAUACGCCCUCAAGGUCAUCAAACCAGAUAACAGCGACGGGAUCAGUAGCACGUCGAUCCGAGAAGUGUGCGCACUUAAAUUACUGAGACACCCUAACAUCGUACAACUCAUUUCCGUGUAUAACAGAGUCGAUAAGCUCUCCAUGGUUUUCGAGUAUUGCGAGACCGACCUUGCGAAGUAUCUUCGGUCGAAGGUCUUCAUCACAGUUCCAGAGCAAAUCAGAAUAAUGAAGCAGCUCUUGAUGGCUCUGGAAUAUUUGCACGCACGAAGAUUUCUCCACAGGGAUUUAAAACCCCAAAAUAUUCUUUUAACGCGUGACGGUGUUGUGAAGUUGGCGGAUUUUGGGUUGGUGCGUGCAGUUACUUUACCAGUGAGGGAAUACACAUUGGAGAUAAUCACAUUGUGGUAUCGACCACUCGAGAUUUUACUUGGAAAAGAGGUGUACACUUCCGCGGUUGAUAUUUGGAGUUUGGGUGCCAUCUACGCGGAGAUUGGGUUUGGACACCCUGUUUUUAGAGGCGAGUCGGAGUACGACCAGGCGAUAAAAAUUUUGGAGGUGAUGGGAAUGCCAGACCCAGACGAGUGGCCCGAGUUCAACACAUUAAAAAGCUCAUUGAAACCCCUCCCACCACGGUUCAAAAAAGUCGAUUUUGAAACUACUUUUCAGUUUGUUGGGUCGGCCGGGGUGAAGUUACUACGACAAAUGCUUAGACUCAAUCCCGACGAAAGAAUAUCUGCGAAGGACGCGCUUGAAGACCCAAUGUUCAUGUCAUUUCCUUAA